CCGCCAAAACUGUCCUGUCGCCCGUCUCGCGAGCAGGGUGGCGGGCGGCCGGCGGGUCAGCCGAGCGGGCUGCCGCGCCGUCCCCCCCCCGCCCCAGUGGGGGUGUUUUUGCGCGCACCUGUGUGUGCCGGACCUGACCCCUCUCGCGGCGACGCCCGUCGAUAGCUUUGUUCACGGGGAACGUGGUCAGCGCGGCGGGCCCGGUUACGUUUGUUUAGCGCGCUGCGUCCGUCCCGGCGGCCGCUGGCGCGCUGCGUCGCGCCCUAUCUCUUUCUUUAUCUCCGGUUCGUCGCGUCCAGUUAGUUUGCCUAAUACCGUUUGCUUUGCUCCCUCGCUAUCUCCCCUGUGUGUGACCCCAUUGCCAGUCGUAUUUAAACCUGCUGUAAACACCUCCCUCUCUCUGUUCUCUACCAGUCUUCGCGCCGUGCGGUUGUUCGCUCCGCUCGGCUCAGCCUCCACGCAGUGUGGUGGUUUUCUGCCGGCUCUUUGCUCAUCGCAAUAUAGACUGUGAAUAAGUGCAGUGGUGUGUCCAAGGAAGUGGUCACCUGGAGCGAUUGAGCAAAAGACUUCAAGUUAGCGGCACAGUAUACUCAAGUUCCUCUCUGUUCUGCCUCAGUCGUCGAGCCGGGCGGUUGUUCGUUCCGCUCGUCGCAGCCUUCAAGCAGUCGGAAAGGCAUCAGAAUGGCCGAGGUGGGUUGGAUUAUUCAAGGCACUGGUCCAUGACCAACCAUCUCUCUCCGACACUGAGAAAAUCGCCCACCUACAAUCAUCUGUAAGUGGUCUGGCACAGCAGACUAUAUCUGGCAUGUUAUACGACGGAAAUCUCUACCACCAAGCUCUAAAGGCGCUUGAAGAGCGUUUCGGCCAAGACGAUGACAUCAUUAGGCACAACCUCAAAAGCAUCUUCAACGCUCCGGACCCACGUGAAGACGACGCAGAAUCGCUGGAAAAGUUUCAAGCAACCGUACACUGUGCAGUUACUAUUCUUCAGAACACAGGAGCGGACGCAGACCUGAACAGCAGCGACAGCCUACAGCGAACAGUUGAGAAACUACCAAGAGAGCUGAGGCGCGAGUGGGGCAAGUUCUCCUUGGAGCUGAAACCUGGAAGACCGUCGCUUUUGGAUGUAGAUGCGUGGCUGCAGACUCAAGUCAAGAUAAGCAGAAGCUGCCCAAAAGGAAAACAGAGCUCUGAAGAAGCCAGCCGUAAGCACAGGAAGGAGAGCGCCGUUGAGACUGUCAGCAGACAGGCCUUUACCACGGCUGCGAGGCCCAUUCAGAAACAGGAAUGUUCUCUCUGCGGAGAACACCACAAUCUGGAUCAGUGCAAGCUGUUCACUGCAAAAUCUCCCGACGCCCGGUUGAAGCACGUGUUUGGUGAGCAACGAUGUUUCCGGUGCCUGAAGAAGGGCCAUCGCGUGAAAGACUGCCGGAAGGCAAAACGCUGUGGGAAGAACGGCUGCAAGUACCGGCACCACGCUCUCCUCCACGGCGGCCAGCCAGUCAGGCCUCAGCCACCCGAAGUGUCAACCGCGGAAACGGAGAGAGAGACUGGUGAAGCAGUUUCGAGGACACGUCUCGCAACCAAGCAGAAGAGGGUCGUGACAGCCUCGGGACACCAUCAAGAGGACGAAGGCAAUGUUACGCUGCUGCAAGUAGUCUCAGUCCGAGUCUUUGGAAGGACAGGGACCAGAGACACGCUGGCUCUACUAGACCCUGGCGCCCAAACAUCCCUAUGCAGUCAGAAAUUAGCAGACAAGCUGGGCAUCUCAGGCGAGCCGCAGGAACUAUGCAUGCAGACGAUUCAAGGUACCGGAAGGGGGCAAGUGGCCAGGAAGCUGGUAAUGGAAGUGCAAGGUCUGUCCCCUGAGGCCAGCGAGAAGCGGAUAACAUUAUCCGAGGUGUGGGCCGUACCGAAGAUGAACAUCUCUGUGCCACGAAUCAGCGAACGGCACCGACAAACAUGGCGUCAUCUGGAGAACCUACAUGUGCCAGACUGUUCCAAAGGCGAAGUGCAGCUGCUUCUGGGUGCCAAUGUUCUCGAAGCUGUGAUCCAGCACGAGGUGAGAGCUGGACCACCAGGGCAGCCAGUCGCCAUCCGAACCGACUUCGGCUGGGCCCUGACGGGGGCGGUGCAUGCCCUCGUCCAAGAGCCCGCGCAACAGAAAGUAUCAGCGGCAGCAGCAGCACCGGGGGCGGUGCAUGCUCUCGUCCCAGAGUCUACGCGACAAGCAGCAGCAGCAGCAGCGGCGGCGGCAGCACCGCGAGCGGUGCAUGCCCUCGCCCCAGCCACGCAACCGACGGCGGGGCAUCAAGAGCGUGUUCGCCGGAGAUCCAGCGCUCCUCGCCGACUCCAGCACACUGCCGGCUACGCGACCGCUCGCCCGCAUGACCCAGGUGUUCCCGGGACCAGAUCGAAGAGUCCGUUCUGUCCAGAUCAAGACAGCGGGAGGAUAAGCGGGUAGAUGGUCGUCGCCCAGAUCGCGGUGAUGGGAGAACAGUGAGCAAGUGCUGUGAACAGUAAUGUAAAUAUGUGUAAAUAUGUGGGAACUGCCAAUUGCUCGCCCGGUCCGGACUCCGCCCCGUCGAGGCCUUCUACCAGCCGAUAUAUCAGUGGCGGUACAAAGUUUAGUGUUCUCAUAGAGUCGAACACGGGGGGCGGGAUGUGACCGCCAAAACUGUCCUGUCGCCCGUCUCGCGAGCAGGGUGGCGGGCGGCCGGCGGGUCAGCCGAGCGGGCUGCCGCGCCGUCCCCCCCCCCGCCCCAGUGGGGGUGUUUUUGCGCGCACCUGUGUGUGCCGGACCUGACCCCUCUCGCGGCGACGCCCGUCGAUAGCUUUGUUCACGGGGAACGUGGUCAGCGCGGCGGGCCCGGUUACGUUUGUUUAGCGCGCUGCGUCCGUCCCGGCGGCCGCUGGCGCGCUGCGUCGCGCCCUAUCUCUUUCUUUAUCUCCGGUUCGUCGCGUCCAGUUAGUUUGCCUAAUACCGUUUGCUUUGCUCCCUCGCUAUCUCCCCUGUGUGUGACCCCAUUGCCAGUCGUAUUUAAACCUGCUGUAAACACCUCCCUCUCUCUGUUCUCUACCAGUCUUCGCGCCGUGCGGUUGUUCGCUCCGCUCGGCUCAGCCUCCACGCAGUGUGGUGGUUUUCUGCCGGCUCUUUGCUCAUCGCAAUAUAGACUGUGAAUAAGUGCAGUGGUGUGUCCAAGGAAGUGGUCACCUGGAGCGAUUGAGCAAAAGACUUCAAGUUAGCGGCACAGUAUACUCAAGUUCCUCUCUGUUCUGCCUCAGUCGUCGAGCCGGGCGGUUGUUCGUUCCGCUCGUCGCAGCCUUCAAGCAGUGUAAUUGGUUUGCCGGAUCUUGCUCUUUGCAAUACAGACUGUGAAAUCAG